CGGUGGCGGGGGCGGCGGCGGGGGCGGUACGGUGCGUGCGGCGCCGCCCGGCAGAUAUAAGCGCGGCGCGGCGCGCUGGGGCCCCGGCGCCGGUGCUGUUGCCGGUACCGUCCUUCCCCUCCGGCUCCCUUCGGGCCGUCCGUCCCUCCCUCCCUCCCUCCGUUCAUCCAUCCCUUCCCGCUUUGUUUUCUCGCCGUCCGCGGGCUCGGGCCCCCCACGCCGCUGCCACCCUGAAGUUUCUGGCGGUGUUGCUGGCGGCGGGCAUGCUGGCUUUCCUGGGGGCCAUCAUCUGCAUCAUCGCCAGUGUCCACCCGGCCGGCACCGCCGGUCCCGCCGCUCCCCCCGCCGCCGACAAUGACUCGGCCGCCGCCGCCCUCCUGCCCGCCGCCGACAAGGGGCUGGGAGCGCUGCACGGCCCCGCCGAGGCUCUGGCCAGCGCCGGGCCGCGCCUGCCGGGGGGACCGCCGCCUCCGCUCUUCAGCCGCUUCGUCUGCACGCCGCUGAGCGCCGAGUGCCCGGCCACCGGCCCCGGUACCGGCCCCGCCGCCGGCCCCGGCCCCGAAGAGCUGCUGGCGCUGCGGAGCGCGGCGGCCCAGCUGCGCCGCACGGCGCUGGAGCAGAAGGAGCGGAUCCGCAUGGACCAGGAGACCAUCCGGGAGCUCACCGGCAAGCUCAGCCGCUGCGAGGGCGGCCUGCGAACCCCUCCCGCCGCCGCCCCCCCCGCCGCCGCCGCCGCCGGGCUCCGCGCCGCCCCGCGCCCCGGCACUAUGGGCCACCCCCCCGCAGAGCCGCCCGCCGUGCGGGAGCUGGAGGAGGCCGUCCGCGCCCUCCAGGACCGCAUCGACCGGAUAGAGCAGGAGCUGCCAGCCCGCACCAACGGCUCGGGGCCCACCGCCCCGGCGCUUGCCCGUGAUGCCCUCCACACCAAGAUGGAGCAGCUGGAGGAGCAGCUCCUCUCCAAGAUCCUGACCCUGCAGAAGGAACGCCAGGCCGCCAGCACCGACCGCAGCCAGCAGCAGCACGACAUCGAGAAGGAGCUGAACUCCCUCCAGAACCGGGUGACGGAGCUGGAGCAUGGACCUCCAGGCUACAGCCCUCCUGACGCCUUCAAGGUGACCAUCCCAGUGCAGAACAACUACAUGUAUGCCCGCAUGAAGAAAAGCCUGCCGGAGCUCUAUGCCUUCACCAUCUGCAUGUGGCUGAAGUCCAAGGCCCUGGCAGGGCUCGGCACCCCUUUCUCCUACUCCGUUCCAAGCCAAGCCAAUGAGAUUGUGUUGCUGGAGUGGGGCACCAACCCCCUGGAGCUGCUCAUCAAUGAUAAGGUUGCCCAGCUGCCACUGAGCCUGAAGGACAAGGCCUGGCACCACGUCUGCGUGGCGUGGACCACCCGGGACGGAAAGUGGUCGGCGUACCAGGACGGCGAGCAGCGGGGUGCCGGUGAGAACCUGGCCUCCUGGCAUGCCAUCAAGCCCCAGGGCGUCAUCAUCCUGGGUCAGGAGCAGGACACACUGGGCGGCCGCUUUGACGCCACGCAGGCCUUCGUGGGAGAGCUGGCACAGUUCGGCGUGUGGGACCACAUGCUGGCGCCGGCGGAGAUCCUGGGCUUGGCCAACUGCACCUCCCACCUCCAAGGCAACGUGAUCCAGUGGGAUGACCAGGCAGUGGAGGUCUUCGGGGGUGCCAGCAAGGGGGGCUUUGCUGCCUGUGAGGAAGGGAGGAAGGCGUGAGUGGCCCCUCACCCCCUCCCCAGCACCAAGGAGCCCGACGGCAGCCCCAGAGGAGACAGCGGGGAGCCCCUUUCUCCCUUCCCAGACCGCCGAGCCUUGCCGCCGCACUGGGGCAAUGCUCAAGCCCCCCCACACCAGUGUCCUGGGAGUGGGGGGGGGCCCCGGCAGCCUCCCUCUUGCCCUCAUGCCGGUGGCGUGGCUUUGUCCCCGCUUCCGGCAUGUCUGCUCCUGGGUGUUGCCUUGCCCUGCUUGUGUUUCUGGAGGACCUUGCUGUACCUGCAGGCAUCUCCGGUACAGUGAGGGUCCCUGCCCUGUUGGCCCCAAUGGGGAGUGGGAAGGAGACCUCCAUCCGCCCCAAGCAUGGUCCAGGCUUGGUGGGAUGCCAGCGUGCAGGCAUCCCCCGAGCACAUCCCCUUUCCUUAUUUAUUUCUAGUGCCCCACUACCUGGUUUUGUGAGCCCGUACUCCAAAUGGUUGUGAGCAUCUCCCCCACUGGCCCCAUCCCCUCUUAUCCUGCUGCCCGAGGGAGGCUGAGGAAGGAUGGUGGAGGGUCCGUGGGGCAGUGCUCCUCUCCUGCACCCCUUCCCCUGCCUCUGCUGCCUGUUCGGGCAGAGCUGCCCGAGGGGAGUCAGAGGGAAGCAGAGUGGGACCCCCCCCAGCCACAGUCGGCCAGCCACUGAGGGAACGGAAGGAAAGGAGCAAAGCAUCUCCCCCAGCCCUGGCCGCGAGGGAGGGAAUGCAGCACGCAAGAAGAUAACGGAGAUGGAGGAUGGUGCUGGCUGGAGGAGCCCUGCGGUCUGUCCUCUGGCCUUUUGGGCGCUGGAUUGAGUUGCUGCCCUCACCUCCACCUGGUCCCCUGCUUUGAGCUGCUCCUGGCCAGGGAUGGGGCCACCAAUGGCCAUGGAACUGGUGUGGGGGCAAUGGGGUGGGCUGGUAUUUUCCCCGUGGAGUGCCUGAGAAUACGCUGUUUCCACCCCGCGUGGUCACCGAUGUCUCAAUACACGAGUGUGUGCGUGUGCGUGCGUGUGUGUGUCGGGGGGGGGGCGGUGGGAGGGUUAUUUUGGGGGUCUCAUGGUUGCUCAUUGCAGUGUCCAGCUUCCAGUGCUCCUCCAUACCCCAAGUCUCACUUUGCACUUUCAUCGAUGGCUGCCCCCCAGCCCGGGGGAGGCAAAGCAGGCAGAGGGGACAGCCCCACUGCCCUGUGUGUCCCCCGCAGGGUCCCUGCCAACGCUGGGGCAGCUCAGCCGGCCAUGGGGGACGUGGCGGGGAUGGGGCACAGCCCUUGUGCCAAGUGGGAAACACUGUGACCGUCGUGCACCCCUCUGAGCUGCCCCCUCUCCCUCGCUCGCUCACGCGCUUUCUCUAAUGCACGUUCGUGAAAGGGGCCCCUGAUGCGCGCCCAUGUUGGGACGUUUCUUUUGUAAAGCUGAUUGAUUGUGAAUAAACGUGAUGUUUUCUGUUCAA